AUGGACAUGAAGCUGGUAGCAGGAGGGUCUGCCUCCAGGAGACACACCCGGCGCCACCUGGGGGCGCUGCAGAGGCAGCUGGGGGAGCAGCUGCAUGGGGGGCUCCCUCGAGGGCCCAGGGUGCUGAGAAUUGGGUUGGGGGGGCAGCAGGGCAGCCUGCGCUCCCGGGACCCUCCCACCGUGCGCUCCCCUGGGGCCAGUGACGCAGGUGAGCGCAGCCCCGGGAUGCAGGCUCUCCUCCUGGCCGUCACCCUCGGCCUGGCCGCCGUCCUGCAGGCCCAGGACCCGCUGCCCUUGGCAUUCGAGCCGCAGGAUGCGAUCGGGACGUGGCACGUGAAGGCCGUUGUGGUGGACGAGGCCCCGCCCUGGGAGCAGAAGCCGUGGACCGUGUCCCCCGUGACAGUGACGGCCCUGGACGGCGGGGACCUCGAGGCCUCAUUCACCUUCAUGAAGGAGGACCAGUGCCACCGGCAGCGGGUGAUGCUGCGGCAAACCCAGGAGCCCGGCAGAUACAGCGCCCACGAGGGCAAGGUGAGCGUGUCCCUGCAGAGGCUGCCCGUCCAGGACCACUUCCUGCUCUACGCGGAGGGCCGGAGCCGCCGGGGGCCGUUCCGCAUGGGGAAGCUCCUGGGUCGAAACUCCGACGAGAACCUGGACGCCCUAGCAGCGUUCAGGGAGUCCGUGCAGCGCCGGGGGCUGGCCGCGGAGGGCAUCUUCAUGCCUGCCCAGAUGGAAAACUGCAGCCCCGCGAGCGAGUGAGGGCAGCAGCCCAGGACCUGAGGAGCAGGACAGGACCGGAGGAGCCCUGUCCUCCGCUGGCCUCUCGCCCGCCUCCCCGGCACCCCUCCCCCAGCUACCUCCUCCCUGUUCUGCAUAAA